AUGAUCCUCCAUCCAACGAACCUGAACGAUGACAGUCGAUUCAGCGUGACCAGAGAGGAUGCAUUGUUGAAUAUUGUCGACCAAACAAUAUCUCUCACUUCCAAACGGAAGCUAGUACAUGUGAUUAGCCCAUUUGUCGACGAGCAGGUCAGCAAAACUGAAACGAAUCCAUCGCAUGAACAAAUCCCAAGAACACUGCUGGGUGGUGACCAAGUACCGAGCGAUCAAAGCCUCCUCACUGCACCAAUGUCUAUGGCGCAACUCGCUGUUCUCUGUAGUAUUCGGCGGGCACGAGGCACAUUUCAUAAGUACCUUGCAAUGAGAAGAUUAAGCGAGCAAAAGAAGAAGGUUCUUCGGUCGAACGUUGCUGACGACAGUGCGCCUGAAACAACCUACAAGUCUGAUCAAGCCAUGUCUUCCCCAAAGAUGGAGUAUUUUGCCUUUGAAAAGAUUGAGCUUGUAUGUGCCGUACUUUCCGAGGAAAUGUCGCCUUUGAAAAACAUCAUGGAGAGGAUUUGCGAUAGGAUUGUACUUCUGCCUCGAUCGACCAAGACAGAGUAUGGUACCAAUCGCUCACUGCCUUUUCUGCAAGAUAUUUUGGAUACAAGCCAAGAACCUAUUUACCGCGCUGACAAUACCACUAUCCAAAAUCAGCAGAACGAUGACGACUUUUACCUUUUCUCAAAUGCUGACAUUGGUCUCAGCCAAAAUUUCUACAUUCAUCUGGACAGUCAAGUGAAGAAGCGACACGCUUCAGCUCUAUCAAUCAACCGGAUGACUCUAGAUCUGGAGAUUACCGCAAAUUCAAAAGAUGCUAUGACUUUAUCGUGGGAUUCGGCCUCCCGAUUUCUUAAGCAGACAGACGAUCUGAUUGAAGCAAAUCAAUUUCGACUUCAUCCAGGGUAUGAUUGUUUCCUGUUCCAUUCUUCAGUCUUGAAGAGGAUUCACUUUGGUGAUUUCUUUGUUGGAUUUCCGCCCUUUGGAGCCAACGUUCAUUUGGCCUUGCUCAUCAUGGCACCAAACUAUGCCAACCUUGCUUCCCACCCUAACGGAACCUUUCAUCUCGGCAAUGAUCGGAACUGGCAAACAUCCAAACAACAAUCCAUCACCGAAUCAUAUGACCAUUGGACCAAAUUUCGAAAUGAUCUCUACUAUCUUCCUUGGUGUCCCAUUUCAAACCACCCUCCUCCCAAUGAUUAUGCAAUGCAGAAUAGCAUCAACUGUGGACAAUGGUUUCAUCCCAACCGCAAGUGGCCAUCGAACCAUCCGAAGAGUUCCUAUUGGCCAUGGCAAAGACCAUCAGAUUCAUUUCCUAUUCCGGCGUUUGUACGAGAAGGAUCAGAAGCAUUGUAUAUUCGAAACUAUGGUAAAUACUUGAAUUACACACGAGACGGCAUGCCAAUAGUGUCAGGACAUCAAACGCCAGAGAUCAAGCGUCGGCGUCCCAAGGUAGUAAUGGAAAACAAGAGGAGGUGGAAGGAAGAUGGCCUAGUUGGUUUUACAUUCCAUCGAUUACUCCAGACUCUAGCAUCCUUUUCCAUGUAG